UAGACCAUAAUUAAACUCACAAAAGCUGAAGAUGUUAUCUCUUCGUCUCACUCGCCUUUAUUCAUCCUCCAUUCCUCUUCAUUCAUCAAUCCCACCUUCUUCACCCUCCCCAUGGCUGAUGCCCUCGUUUCUAUUGUGCUGGAACGCUUAACUUCGGUUGUUGAACAGCAGAUUCAUGAACAAGUUUCUCUGGUUCCGGGUGUUGAACCAGAAAUUCAAAGUCUCAAAAACACACUCCGCUCCGUCCGAGAUGUUCUUGAAGAUGCCGAGAGGAGAAAAGUGAAGGAAAAAUCUGUCCAAGGUUGGUUGGAGAGGCUCAAAGACAUGGCCUACGAAAUGAUGGACGUGCUGGAUGAGUGGAGCAUUGCUAUUUUUCAAUUCCAGAUGGAGGGAGUUGAAAAUGCUUCCACGUCUAAGACGAAGAGGUGUACGGUCGGGAUAUGGAUGAAAAAAAUCAUAUUAGACCAUUUGUUGGGUAAGAUGUGUCAAGAGAAAUCUGGCAUCUACAUCGUCUCCAUAUUUGGGACGGGAGGCAUGGGAAAAACAACUCUUGCUCGACUAGCCUACAACCACCGAAAGGUGAAGACCCAUUUUGAUGAAAGAAUAUGGGUCUGUGUCUCUGAUCCUUUUGAGCCAGCCAGAAUUUUUAGGGAUAUUGUUGAAAUCAUCCAGAAAGCGUCUCCUAAUCUCCAUAAUUUGGAAGCUUUACAACAAAAAGUUCAAACGUGUGUCUCUGGAAAGAAGUUCCUUCUUGUGCUAGAUGAUGUGUGGACUGAAGACAAUCAAUUGUGGGCACAACUGAAGAACACCCUCCACUGCGGAGCAGCAGGGAGUAGAAUUCUGGCGACCACACGCAAAGAGAGUGUUGUUAAGAUGAUGAGAACUACGUACAAGCAUCUCUUGGGGGAGUUGUCUUUGGAGCAAUCUCGGGCAUUAUUCCAUCAAAUAGCUUUCUCUGAAAGGAGUACUUGGGAGAAAGAGGAAGAAUUAAAAGAAAUUGGUGAGAAAAUAGCAGACAAAUGCAAGGGCUUGCCCCUCGCUAUAAAAACUUUAGGGAACCUCUUGGGCUUAAAAAAUAGCGAGGAAGAAUGGAAGAACGUAUUGAAUAGUGAAGUAUGGCAGCUAGAUGAGUUUGAGAGAGAUAUUUCCCCUGCUUUGUUGUUGAGUUAUUAUGAUCUGUCCCCUGCAAUUCAACGCUGCUUCUCAUUUUGUGCUAUUUUUCCAAAAGACUCAGUUAUUGAGAGAGAUGAGCUGAUCAAGUUGUGGAUGGCACAAAGCUAUCUCAAAUCUGAUGGGAGUAAAGAGAUGGAGAUGGUUGGGAGAACGUACUUUGAAUAUUUAGCUGCUCGGUCUUUCUUCCAAGGUUUUGAAAAAGAUGAUGAUGGUAAUAUAAUAGGUUGUAAGAUGCAUGACAUAGUGCAUGAUUUUGCUCAAUUUUUGACUCAGAAUGAAUACUUUAUUGUGGAGGUUGACAACCAAAGAGAUUCGUCAUACCACCUUAGUUGUCCGAGAGAGUACCCCUAAUUUCGCCUCCACUUAUAACAUGAAGAAUCUACACACCCUCUUGGCUAAGGAAGCAUUCAAUUCAAGUGUUCUUGAAGCCUUACCUAAUUUGUUAAGGCAUUUGACAUGUCUCAGGGCAUUGGAAUUGAGCAGCAAUCAGUUGAUUGAGGAACUUCCUAAGGAGGUAGGAAAAUUGAUUCAUUUAAGAUACCUUAAUCUAUCAAAUUGUAGGUGAUUGAAGAAGUUUCCUGAAACAAUUUGUGAUUUAUAUGAUUUGCAAACCUUAAAUAUUCAAGCAUGUUCCCGUCUUCAAAAACUACCAUAGGCAAUGGGUAAACUAAUUAAUUUGAGGCAUCUUGAAAAUUAUGGUGUUCUAGAGGGCUUACCAAAAGGAAUUGGAAGAUUAAGCUCUCUUCAGACACUGCAUGUUUUCAUUGUGAGUAGUGAUGGCAAUGAUGAAUACCAAAUAGGAGACUUGAGAAACUUGAACAACCUAAGAGGACGUCUUUCCAUUAAAGGGUUAGAUGAAGUGAAAGAUGCUGGGGAGGCAGAAAAAGCAGAAUUGAAGAAUAAGAUACACCUCCAACGUUUGGAUUUGGAAUUUGGUAGAAAGGAGGGGACCAAGGGUGUGGCUGAAGCUCUACAACCCCAUCCAAACUUGAAAUCUCUACGUAUAUUAGAUUAUGGUGAUAGAGAGUGGCCCAAUUGGAUGAUGGGUUCAUCGUUAGCUCAACUGAAAAUACUUGUCCUCGACUCUUGCUUAAGAUGUCCGUGUUUGCCUCCUUUGGGGCAACUGCCUGUCCUUGAGAAGCUGGUGAUAUGGAAGAUGUAUGGUGUGAAAUACAUAGGUAGUUUUUGGGAUCAUCAUCAACAGUAUUCCCAAAGCUGAAACAACUGAUUAUUUCUCGUUUGGAUGAAUUGAAGCAAUGGGAAAUAAAAGAAAAAGAAGAGAGGUCAAUAAUGCCAUGUCUCAAAUACUUGAUUACGGAAUACUACCCAAAGCUGGAGGGACUGCCGGACCACGUGCUCCAAAGGACACCAUUGCAGAAAUUGGACAUCACAUGUUCUCCUAUUCUAGAACGAUGCUAUCGAAAGGAUAUUGGCACAAAAUAUCUCAUAUCCCACAAGUCAAAUGUAGAUGGUACUGAAUGGUCAUCACACUUCACCUCAUGUCGCUCUUGUUACAGAGAAGCAAGUUCAAAUAAAGAGGAGAAAAUUCCCAACACCUAUGUAUUGUGAAGUUGUCUAUGAAUCAAUUUCAAAUUGGUGAUUUGUAAAUUCUUUUUCUCUUUUUCUUUUCCCCUUUUAUUGGUUUGCCUAUAUAUGUAAGAAUGUGUAAACUUCAACUUUAUUAUUUGGAUUUAUUUCCUACAACAUAAAUGGUUUGCGAA